AUGGAACACACGUUCGUCUUAAGUCGCCAGGAAGUGACAACCACCAUUUAUACCUGAACCGCCAGGGUUUUUACAGUCUUAAUGUAAUGGCGAUAUGCGAUCACAACAUGGUAAUCACAUUUGUUGACGCUAGGCAUCCAGGGGCGAAUCAUGAUUCAUUUGUUUGGAAUGUGAGUCACGCAGAACAGGAGCUAAAAUCUGAUUAUAACAAUGGAAAAACCAACACAUGGCUACUCGGUGAUUCUGGUUACCCCUUGCAGCCAUACUUGAUGACGCCAUUCAGAAGCGCAGCCGAUGAAAUUCAACGAAUUUACAACACAAAGCACUCGAAAGCUCGUAAUGUAAUUGAGAGAUGUUUCGGUGUUUUGAAAAACCGAUUUCGAUGUAUAAUUGGCUCGAGAGGACUACAUUAUUCACCGGAAAAAGUUACACAAAUUGUAAAUGUGUGCUGUGCUAUUCAUAACGUUUGUAUAUUUUUCAAACAUCAAAUUCCAUUGGAGAGCCCAGAUAUGGAGAAUCUUGUUAGUUACGAAGAACUUGAAAACAGUAACAUUUCGAAUACAGCUGUCCUUAUUAGAAUGAGAAUAGCAGAGAGUUUGUUAUAAACGCAGUUUCAUUAUAAAGUAUG